UGUGUAGAUUCUACUAUCUCAGGGUGCGUUAUGCUGGAUUUCAUUGCGCCAAGAUUUCACUGAACCUUGGGCUUCUUCGGCUGUUCUCUGAAAAUACUAGCGCCAACGGUCAAAGCAUCACCAAAAGCAACGUCGCCUCUCCAAACUUCCCUCUUGCAUACGUCAGUAACAUUGCAUUACCUACUAAACUGAGCAUCAACCGCCUCUCGCAGCAAAAUAACGAACACUACCCAGUCCCGAGUCUCGCAACAAAUAAUCCAAACAUGCGCUCCCUCGUCUCAAUACUUGCCCUUCCAAUUCUCGCCCUAGCCCUCGAUAAGCCCCUCAAUAUUGAGGUCACUUCACCGGCCACCUGCGAACGCAAGACUCAAACUGGCGACAAAGUCUCUGUGCACUACCGUGGGACUCUUGAAGCCGACGGCAGCGAGUUCGACGCAAGCUACAAUCGCGGAACCCCUCUCUCAUUCAACGUCGGCAGUGGCCAGGUUAUCAAGGGAUGGGACCAGGGUCUGCUUGACAUGUGUGUGGGCGAGAAGCGCAAAUUGACGAUACAGCCCGAGUGGGCGUAUGGUGAGAGAGGUGUGGGUCCUAUUCCAGCAAACAGUGUGUUGAUCUUUGAGACUGAAUUAAUGGACGUGACCCCCAAAAAGGAUGAAUUGUAGCUAGCAUGAUCACCAGCGGAGUGUUCGGGUAGGUCGAAGCUGUAUAUGCAUCAAGGGAAACAGAAAUUUAGGAGAGUUGGAAGUGUAUUCAGAUAUAUUCGUAGCUAUGCCAUAUCACCCAGUACCACGCUCGAUGCGUAUAACGAUGCAUGAAAUCAACGCUAGAAUUGAUAUGUCUUACGACUGGCUGUCCGAAAU